AUGCCUUCCAAUGGCCCCUCUGCGUGGCGCUUGAACAAAGCAGAGCAGUCCCAAGUGAAGAGGGACUUGGAGAAGUGGGAAGUUGAGAACGCAGAGCUCAAGGCAAAGACGCGGGAUGAAUACAACCGCAAGCUCUCUGAGGAAAAGAAGCGCUUGGAGCGAGUGUUCCAGGAAGCAAAGCACUUGAAAAGCUUGCAGAAACAGAGUGCCAAGGCCAAGGCUGCUCCCGGAGGCAAGGCAGCUGACCAAGCCGCCGGCAGCAGUGCUGCUGUUGGCCCAGGUUUGAUGGAUUCUGGCGUGAACGAGUCCUACAUGCAGAGCUUGAAGAACGAUUUGCAGGUGAUCGCAGACAAGCUUGGUGACCUCAAGUCGGAGCUUCCUGUUCCGAUCCAAGUCGACGACGAUAGCAAGGGCGGUGUGCAGGAACCGUUCCACCUCGAGGAUGCGGGCAAAGCCUUGGAUGGGCAAGGCUUGUACAUCUCAGCCUGUAACCUGAUGUGGAUUGACCUUUUUAGGACCUCCAACCCUUCUGUACCGCUCUGCAGAAAGAGAGUCGAAGACUUGGCGUCGCACUACUUCAGCUCCGGUCACUCUUUCUUUCGCUCGGUCCUCGAAGUUGCUGUGGUGAAGGAAGAGCUCUCAGACCGCCCUUCCGGUCUCAAGCUGAUCAGCCCAGAAGAGCAGGCCCACUCUAUCGUUUUCGCUUGUGCAAAGCGCUUGAAAGAAGCUGAUUGCAACGAGGAUGAAAGGAAGCAAUGGUUGGGCAUUCCGACUUCCAUGGUCCUGUGCGCCGAGAAGGACAUUUGGCAUAAGGCGAUCACCAAGCGGCAGCAGGUGAUGCAAGUCAUGCUCGAAACUUCUGAGAACCGUCGGCUCUCAGACUCUGAAGCCGCUGCCUUGGUGAAGACCUACCCCAUCACUACUGCGAAGACUGGCGGAAAUGCCAAUGGCGGUGCUCAGUUCUCGGAAUGGAAUUUCACAGCUGCCGGACAUGUCAUGCGUCACCUCGGCUCAGAUGAUGAAAUCUUGGCUGUGAUCCGUAUCCUGGAAGGCAAGUAUGGCCUUGAGAGUUGCCUCAACAGCCUUGUCAAACUAGAGAAGCUCGCCACCAAGCCCAGUGGAAAGGCUGCCAGGCGCUGGAUCUUUCAGAUGAUCCUGGACCAUCUUGAGCAUGGAUUGGCUGCGAAUGACGACUUCAGCAAGAAGGCAUUGAUCGGAGACAAGCGCAUUGCGGGCUUGGUGGUCCUGUUUGAAUGGAAGAUGAAGCUUCUCAGCUUCAUCUGCGACACUCUCAUGCUUCAGGCCAAGGUCUCAGACACUGACCGCGAGGCAAUCAAGUCAAAGUGCCGGGAUUGCCCAUCAAUGCGACAAGCGUGCGAUGAGAAUGUGCAAUGGCAGGCCACCAUGUCCAGAUCUGGGCAAGAGGCUUUGCGCUUUCUCCAGGAUGUGGUCUUUUUCAAGACGUUUGACAACGUGCUCAAGGGUGUUUGCAAAGCAGCCAACACCAAUCUUGAGGUCCUCAUGGAGUUGGAUUCGGUCAACGAACGCUGGCAGCAGGUUGUCGCAAUGCGGCAGAACGAGAUUGCCCAGGAACAAGCAAUGGUGACAGGGAUCGAGGAUGAAGCUGAAGAGUCUCAUGAUGACGAGGCUGCACUGGCCGAAGCCAGGAAGGCGCCCAACACUUUGCAGCAAGGCAGCCCAAGCUACUGGCGAGCAGUAGCCAACAAGUCAGUGAGGAUGUACCUGACCUUCGUGACCGAAGGCAAGAAUGACUCCCAGCUGCAGCUCCAAGUUUCCCAGUGGCAGGCUGCAACUGGCUUGCAGCCUGAGAUUGGCAAGAAAACGAUUCUCGUGCACCUGGACACAGCGUUGCUUGGGGAAUCUUCGGGACCGCACUGCCAACCUGAGCUGCGCGGAAAGCGUUGGAAACCAGACAGUGACCUCGUGGAGAAGCUUGCUGCUUGCCCUUGUAUCGGCUUGGGCGCCCAGGCAGUGGACAAGGUUCGUUGCUCCUUGCCUGCAGAAGGCACUGUCGUGGCUGUGGUGGACCCGUUGGGCGCUGGCCCAAAGCUUUUCAAGGAGGCUUCCAAGCUGUCUGUGUGGUUGAUGUUCAAUGAGAAGUCUGUGCGUGACCGGAAGCAGAUCGUCCGAGCUGGUGCCUACAGCCAGCAGAUGGUGUGCAACCUCUACACAGGGAAGCCGUUGAGUUUGACCAUGCCGGAAGUUGAGCGCAAGAUCUACCCGGGCUACAGCCACGGCGAUGUCAUCGGCUACAUCUCGUGCUUGGGCGCGUCAAAGCUGUGGCGAGCUCCCAGGAAGGACAAACUCGAUGUUUUGGGGGCGCGGCACGUGUCCUUGGCCAAGCCGGCCGAUGAUGCCAGCGAGCGAGGGACCAGCGAACCUGACGGCUCUGCGGGAGCUGGGGAGCUUGAGAGCGUGUUCAGCUGUUCCAUGCUGCCGCAGGAGUACUAUAUGGAGAUGCUGCAUUCAUUGGCCGCAAUCGGAGUUGUGGACGCAUCUCCGGCGCAAGGAGAGAUGCUGAAAGCGGCAAUGGCUUCUCGCCUUCCUUGUUUGGCAGUCUGCGGCGCGGACGCCCACUGCAGGAAGCUUGAGAUGAUGUUGACAGAGUUCAUCUUUGAAGAGCAGCAGCGAGACGGAUCCACCUUUUACAUCCCUGAGAUGAAGAUCGCCAAGACGGAUGAGCAGCCAGAGGCGGUGCCCAAAGCCAAAGCCAAGGCGAAGGGUAAGACGACUAAGAAGCGCGGCAAGAAUGCCGAGGCUACAGAGAAGGACAACGAAGCCAAUCCUGAGGGUGUGGAAGAGCCCCAGUCUAAGAAGACCAAGACGACCAAGAAGAAGAAGGAUGAGGAUGAGCCCGGCUCCGACGCUUCGGGGUCGAGCAUGGCUUGGUAG